AGUUGACCUUCCACACUCGAUUUUGUAUCUAUAUAAGGAGUUGGUGAUAUCUUAUUGGAUCUUCAAUAUUGGUGACCUUUUAUUUUGAGUUACUGUUGUUUUAAAUGAUAAGAGAAGAAUAUGCUUCCUUUUCUACUUCUCUUAGUUUUGCCUACACUAGGAGCAGCUGUCCUUACCAAUGUGACACCACAGACUGUCAAUGUUGGCCUAACAAGAAAUCUUCAAGUUGAAUGCCUUUUCUCAACUCAACGCCAUCCAACGAUCACAUUGUUGAUGUCUCUAUCUCUCUACCACUCACAAGAUAAGACUGAAUCAGGAUUUAGAUAUCUCGCUUCAGUAAACUCUUCCGAUGAAGAGGUUCAUGCAGACAAGUCUGAAGACUCUAAAGCGAUCUACACCGGGCGUUUGAAUGACGAUGAGUCUUUCCUACGAGUCGUUUGGGAAUUUCCGAGAUCGAAUCACUCUGGCGUGUACAAGUGCGAGGUGAGCGGGCUAAACGUGACGAGAAAAGCUGUCUCACUGUCCAGCACCGCUGCUGUUGCAGACGCGCAGCCUGACAAUCAACACCUCCUCGAAGAAAUGCAUAAAAUAAUUAAGGUUGUAGAAAAUCUGCAGGCAAGAAUGAAUUCCACAGAAAAACGCGUUGAUGCUCUUGACAACUUGAGAAAGCUUAAAUCUAAUGAACAAAAUGAUAUCAUGAACGCACUUUUUGUAGUAUCUCCUGUGUUUCAAGAGAGAAAAUACUUACUGAUACGGAACCAGCUCCAUAUCACAGCUUACUUAGCUGAAGUAUUGUGUGGGAUUUUCGGUGGCUACCUGGCUGAGAUAGAUAGCGAACAAGAAUUUCUGUUUAUUAGAGACAAGCUGCUGGCCUUGAGUCUCUUUUCAAUAACUUUCUUUGGAGCUACAGAUGAGAAACACGAAGGACUUUGGAUCAACCGGCACAGCCAGACUGCAGCACAGUUCAUUAAGUGGGGACCAGGGGAACCUAACGGUGGCGUCCAUGAAAAUUGUGCAACUUUUGUUUUCCACACCAAUGAUUAUUAUGUGGAUGAUUUUUCGUGUGGAGGUGUGCAUGCUGGUAUUGGUUUCGUGUGUGAAGUGGAAUCCAAAGAAUGAUUAACUGCGAUUGUAACUUAUUACGAUAUAUCAGAUAUUCAGACUAGAUUACUUUUAAGCUUUAAGCAAGCAAAAACAAAAAAAAAAACUUUAAAAAGGGGAUCAUAUAAGGGAAAGAACUCCACAUUUACAACUAUUAUAUCCCAAUAAUGUACAAGCUACUUUCUUUCUUUCUUUUUUUUUACAUCAAACAGGAUACUUAAUUACCAAUAAGUCAUUGACUAGCUGGUUAAUUUUAAAAUUGAUUCACGUUUCGUUAGGCACAAAAACUAAUUGUUUAAAGUUUCAACUUAAUACGAAAAUGGGCGUGGGAGCAAUAACGUGUACAAAUAAUCAAGGGGACAAAAACACACAUAUUUAGCGAUAUCUAUGAAACUGAAUUAUUUAUUUCCCUUGUUGGUAUCAAAUAAAAUAAUUAAUUCCCCAUAAUUAGAUGAGUAAUUUGUUAUUUAAUCAUGCAUUGUCUUCGCCAAUGAAUAAUUAUGCAAAGUUCUCAACUUGAUCCACGAAUGGGUGUGGGAGAAAUAACUUGUUGAAAUCAUUUACCAGACAGACUAUGUGAGCUGAUAUAAGCUUUGUAAACAAGAUAAAUUUAAAAAAAAAACGUACUUUAAAAAAGGUUAUACUAUGUGUAGUUGUAUGAAUUGGUUUGGAUCAGUCAUGUAAUUAAAUUUAUAAUAUAUCUAGACUAACAACAAGAAAUAUGUGCGAUUAGAAAUAUUUUUAACAAUU